AUGAAAACAAAAUUCAUUAUAAGCUUGUGCAUUGCUCUUGCAUUCGCUGCUUUGGUCUUGGCAAAUCCAAGUAAACCAGAACCAUCCAAGAAUGUUGAUACUUAUGGAGAACAUCAACAAUUCUGUUACAACAAGUGUACUCACUACAAGACAGUCAAGGGAAAGUGUUCAGAUUAUGAAUGGAUUGGUACCAAGAAAGAGUGCUGUGACUGGAAGUUGGUUGGUAAGGGCAAAUGUUUGCAAUACAAGAGAUUCAGCAAGUGUGACAAGUACUCCAAGGCUAGAAAGUUGUGUUUGGGUCAUGUUUGUGACAAGCACAAGACUGAAAAGUAUUGUAUCAAGUCUAACUGGAAGAAUUUGUGUGAACAUAAGGGCAAGAACAAUGCUUGUGAUGAAUAUGCUUAUCAUUUCGUUUGUACCAAGUAUGACAAGUCAAAUGUCUGUGCUAAAUUCAUCAAUGUUCCAAAGGUCGGAUAUCACUAUAAGAAGAGAUGUGCUGAAUACAAGCUCGAUGCUUACUGUUCUGCCUACAAGCAAGUCUGUAAAUGCCAAAAGGGAUGGAAGAAGGUUAACGGUAAACAUUACAAGGGAUGGACUGAUACUUAUUAUCAUGCCUUCUGUCAACAAAAGUGUCACAAGAUUUGUGCCAAAUAUACCAAGACUAAGAAGUGUGUCAGAUACAAUAAGGUUAAAUUCAGUCUCAAGAAGGGUUACACUAAGAGAUGUGUCAAAUUCGUUGAUAGAAAGUUCUGUGUUGCUCAAAAGAAGGCUCGUUUCUGUACCAAGUGGAGUCAAAAUCAAUUCUGUGAUUUCAAGAAGAGAGUUCGUGUCUGUGAAAAGUUCAAGGAACGUAAAUUCUGUGCCAAUUAUAAGGCAGUCAACUUCUGUACUCAAUACCAUCAUACCAAAUCAAGAUGUAUCAAGAAGAAGCACUGGAAGAAGUGUGUCAAGAAGUCUCCUGGUUAUAAGGUCUGUGCCAAGUAUCAAUUCGUUGGUGGUCAUAAGAAAUGUGUCAAAUAUGGUGAAGAAUCAGUUUGUUCAAAGAAGAAGAAGAUUUGUUCUCCAAUUAAGGUUGACAAGUAUGUUCCAGAAAAGAAGGAACACAAGAAGAAGGAACAUAAGAAGAAACAUGACAAUUACAUUGAAAAGAAGAAUUAA